GACUCGGUGGGCACCGAUCGUAGCACUCAACUCAGGGAUUACAUUACAGCGAGGCGGCGACAUGGGGUGCACUAUGUCUUGUGUUUCACCCCAAAAGUGUAGGUUUAAGUACUCGAGCAAAAGCUUCAUACGACGAAAAAGCAAUCGAUUAUUUCGUAAGAAAAACCCACAAGAGGGCCAAGUGAAGUCAAACAGCAUUGUGAAUAUACUGUGCUAUGUUUCACCCAAAAAGGAGUUCACACCUAAGGAAUUGGAAAAAAUUCAAAAUAUCAACUGGGACCAGAAAUUUGCCUAUGAUCCAUUCGGUGGAUGGAAGAAAAGCAGCACCAGUGUCAAGAAUCUGGGGAAAAUGAUUUACAGUUCCAAAGUUCGGUUUCGCUUUCAGCAUUGUCAGGAGGUACACGACUGUUAUCUGGAUCUGUUUCAGACUCACCUUCACUUCCUGUCUAACAACACCACAGGACUGACAUAUCAGGGAACAUUACCCUUAAAGGAGCUGAAUGUUUGCAACCUUCGUGGAAGUGAGCCUGGGAAACAUGCCUUACAGAUAACAGGCUCAUGUUUGAAUCAUAUUAUCAUAUACUGCUCCAGCGAAGAAGAACUAGAGACCUGGCUGGGGCACUUGAAGGAACAAGUUGAGUUAAAUGGUGGAACUGUUACUUCAUCAGAAACCAAAACAUAUGCAAGGAUUAAGAGCAAAAGAGACAAUGGCCAAGAGAAAGAGGAGCUGCGUAAUUCAGUAAAUAAUGAGCCCAUUUAUGAAUGGGAAGGCUCACAGAGGGAAUCACUGGGUCAAGUUGCCUUUGUUUCCAAGGUCAAAGUGCAGCAUUUACCAUGCCAAGACCUUCACAACAGACUCUUGGUUCUGUAUCCUGCGACCCUGAUUAUGUUAUCAGAUGAAGACAAUUGCCUGUUCUAUAAGGGAAAGCUUCCUCUCAAUGCAAUCACAAUAACCACACACUGUAAUGGUGAUAACCCCAACAGUUUCAUGAUUGAAGGAAAGUUGAUUAAUCCUAUAAUCAUGUCAUGUAUGGAUGAAUGUGACUAUCAGGACUGGCUGCACCAUCUCAGGACUUUAGAUGUUGCCAUUGAAGGACCACCAGGCCAUGUCUAUGACCCAAUCUACACACCCACUAAAAUCGAGUCGCCCAGACACUCGAUGGAGUCGUGUGAAUUGGAUUCUAGGGGCAGCUGUAAGGUCUCAGAGAAGGCGCACAGCUGGUCAUAUCAACCUCCUCGUGGGUCUGGAAAAAGUCUGUUCGAGUUCCCCGACGACCUUGCAUCACCAGGAUAUACUGAACCGCUAUGCUAUAUAUCAAGCCGCCCCACAUCCUACGAAACGCAGACAACCCGUCAGUUUAGCGAAUCCAGCGGACUGGAGUCAUCAAGUGAAGAAUCCUUCAUACAUAUCGAACAUUCAAAGCUGAGAAAUUCUCCUCGUGAAAGAGAUUCGUACGCAUCGAUCACGGAUUCAUUGUCUCCGCUAUACAGCACACCUUACAAGCCAGGUCGCGGCUGCCAAAGAGACAAGGAUAUGAGGAACAACGUCAUGCGGUUUGCGGCAGACAAACUCCCCCAUUCCUAUUCUUCACCUGUGUGUCGGCAGCAGUCUGGCCCCCCAUCAGAAAAAAAGAGAUGGAGUCCCGAUUCCACCAUAAAUGAGAUUUGCACAGAUGCACCUGACAGAUGGGAAGGCUGCGGAGCAUUUUCAAAGUUUUCUUUACUCCCUGCACCUCCAGGAAUGUCCAUACAGCAACAAGAACAAGUGGACACAUUGGAAUAUGACCAGGAUUUGUUGGGCUACCAAGAAAUUUCUGACCAUUUGGAGCCCUUCAGACGUAACCAGCUUAGCAAUGAUUAUGACAACAUCUGGGAGUUCCAUGAGGAGCCUGCUCACGCACAAAACUCUGUCGUAUCCCACCGGAUGCAUUUUCAUCUGGGUGGGGAAGAUAUCAACACUAAGUCAACACAGAAGAGAUGGUCAUAAUCAUGAAUGCAGCCAAACAAAGGAAACUCAAACAGCAACAGUGAUAAGCAGCCCUUUAAAACACCUGAUCUUGGCUUGGCUUGGCUUCAGAUAUGAUGACCGUUUGUGUUUACAUGGGAGGAGUGUUGGUGAAAAAAGAAAAAAAAAACGGAAAUGGAAUGUGGCCUGAGGAAUUUACCUUCACCGACAAAAGACAGCUGACUGAGCGUUCUGGUCAUCUGAAUGGCAGCAAAUGUUCAAAACUAACCAAAGGGCUUAUCCUGUCAGACUAGGCAGGAGGAUCAGGGAGCAGAUUUAUAGUUUUCAGCUGUUUCUUGAAAUCUUGUUUUAUUAUGUAAGUAAAUGGGGAAUGUACCAUGAAAAAGGUUGACAUAUUGUAUUGAUUUAUGUAAUAAUGGGAAGAUAAGAAAGAUCACAUUGUUAGGUUGGGUGAUGAUUAACACAAAUGACAGCAGCUCUCCUUUAACAAGUUUAAAGAAACAAAAAGACGAUAAGGUUAUUCAUCACGGGAGUUCAGGUUCUGUAACUCUAUAAAGUUUAAUAUUCCUGAUCUUAUUCUCUUCAGGGUGUGUAAAUAGAGCCAAAUAAACAACAUUUUUACAAGUAAUUUAGAUUUAUGUUAAUAUCAUGUUCUGUACAUAUCUUCAGGAUGUUUUUUAUGCAUAAGUGUAAAAUGUUUCUGUUGGAACAUCAGUGUGUACUUUUUGUAUUUAUUUAUUUAUUUUAUUUAAAUGGUUGCUUUUCCAUUCUUGCACUUUAUUUUGUACUUGCGUUUAAAUGGACUGUUUGCAGAAUGUAUUACUGUAAUUUCAAUGUAAUAAAU